UAAAAAGGGAAAUGGGUAGGUUAAAGUUAGAUAUAGUGGGAAUUAGUGAAGUUCGGUGGCAGGAGGAACAAGACUUCUGGUCAGGUGACUACAGGGUUAUAAACACAAAAUCAAAUAGGGGUAAUGCAGGAGUAUGUUUAAUAAUGAAUAGGAAAAUAGGAAUGCGGGUAAGCUACUACAAACAGCAUAGUGAAUGCAUUAUUGUGGCCAAGAUAGAUACGAAGCACAUACCUACUACAGCAGUACAAGUUUAUAUGCCAACUAGCUCUGCAGAUGACGAAGAAAUUGAAGAAAUGUAUGAGGAGAUAAAAGAUAUUAUUCAGAUAGUGAAGGGUGAUGAAAAUUUAAUAGUCAUGGGUGACUGGAAUUCGGCAGUAGGAAAAGGGAGAGAAGGAAACGUAGUAGGUGACUAUGGAUUGGGGCUAAGAAAUGAAAGGGGAAGCCGCCUAGUAGAAUUUUGCACAGAGCACAACUUAAUCAUAGGUAAUACUUGGUUUAAGAAUCAUGAAAGAAGGUUGUAUACAUGGAAGAACCCUGGAGAUACUAAAAGGUAUCAGAUAGAUUAUAUAAUGGUAAGACAGAGAUUUAGGAACCAGGUUUUAAAUUUUAAGACAUUCCCAGGGGCAGAUGUGGACUCUGAUCACAAUCUAUUGGUUAUAACCUGUGGAUUAAAACUGAAGAAACUGCAAAAAGGUGUAAAUUUAAGGAGAUGGCACCUGGAUAAACUGAAAGAACCAGAGGUUGUACAGAGUCUCAGGGAGAGCAUAAGGGAAAAUUGACAGGAAUGGGGGAGAGUAAUACAGUAAAAGAAGAAUGGAUAGCUUUGAGGGAUGAAGUAGUGAAGGCAGCAGAGGAUAAAGUAGGUAAAAAGACGAGGACUAGUAGAAAUCCUUGGGUAACAAGAAAUAUUGAAUUUAAUUGAUGAAAGGAGAAAAUAUAAAAAUGCAGUAAAUGAAGCAGGCAAAAAGGAAUACAAACGUCUGAAAAAUGAGAUCGACAGGAAGUGCAAAAUGGCUAAGCAGGGAUGGCUAGAGGACAAAUGUAAGGAUGUAGAGGCUUAUCUCACUAGGGGUAAGAUAGAUACUGCCUACAAGAAAAUUAAAGAGACCUUUUGGAGAUAAGAGAACCAAUUGUAUGAACAUCAAGAGCUCAGAUGGAAACCCAGUUCUAAGCAAAGAAGGGAAAGCAGAAAGGUGGAAGGAGUAUAUAGAGGGUCUAUACAAGGGCGAUGUACUUGAGGACAAUAUUAUGGAAAUGGAAGAUGGUGUAGAUGAAGAUGAAAUGGGAGAUAUGAUAAUGCGUGAAGAGUUUGACAGAGCACUGAAAGACCUGAGUCGAAACAAGGCCUCCAGAGUAGACAACAUUCCAUUGGAACUUUUGACGGCCUUGGGAGAGCCAGUCCUGGCAAAACUCUACCAUCUGGUGAACAAGAUGUAUGAAACAGGCGAAAUACCCGCAGACUUCAAGAAAAAUAUAAUAAUUCCAAUUCCAAAGAAAGCAGGUGUUGACAGAUG